AUGAGUGGUAACGCACCCAAGGGAUCCAAAGCGAGCAAGAGCGCAGAAGGGAAACUCCAACAUCGAAGCAGCUCCCGUGAACGAUCACAACAACAACCACAAAAUUCACGCAAUGAUAAACAGGAAACAGCCCCUGCCUCAGAGAACCGUGCUACUCGCAACCAGAUAGAUAAGGUGACAAAGAAAUUGGCAGCAAAUAUCAACGACAAUGGGCCAAAAUCUGCAGAAGAGAGAGCAGUGUUGCGGAAAACAUUAGACAAUCUCGAAAGCAUACGACCGCGAUGA